UAGGUGAGCUCUCUUAUAUCAGAUUUCAGGUCCCUUCACUGCAGUCGUUUUCCCCUCUCAACUCCGUCCGUCGAUAUAGAGAGAGAAAGAGAGAACCAAUAAACUUGGAGAGAGAAAGUCACUGUCUCUCUCUUUCACCGGAAUAGUACCAUGACUUCUCUGCAUCUAACAAGAUCCCUUAUACAAAAUUGGGCCGCUGAGUGAGAAGGUGACGAUUCAAUCCGUUGUUUUCAAUCCUUUUAUUGGAUUUGAUAUUAGUUUGGUACACAUAUCUUUCAUCAGAGCUUAUUUUUUUGUAUUAGAUUCGUCUAUUUUUUUGUAGUUUUUUGGUCAGAGAAGCUGUAAGAGAGGAGGAGAGUAGAGAGAGAAGCUAGGGUUUAGGUUGUGUAUUUCAUUUUUGAGAUUGAAUUUGUAUUGGGUUUUAAUGGAUGAGGCGGUGCUUGACGAUAUCAUUCGGCGGCUUCUUGAUGCAAAGAACGGUCGGGUUCCUAAGCAGGUGCAUCUAACGGAGGCAGAAAUUCGGCAGCUUUGCGUCGCUUCGAAGGAGAUCUUUCUCAGCCAGCCUAAUCUUCUCGAGCUUGAAGCUCCUAUAAAGAUUUGUGGAGAUGUUCAUGGUCAGUAUUCUGAUCUUCUUCGGUUGUUUGAGUAUGGUGGGUUUCCACCUGCAGCAAAUUAUUUAUUUUUGGGGGACUAUGUUGACCGUGGUAAGCAGAGCGUAGAGACGAUAUGCCUUCUCCUUGCAUACAAGAUAAAAUACAAGGAGAACUUCUUCCUUCUCAGGGGUAACCAUGAAUGUGCUUCGAUCAACCGUAUAUAUGGGUUCUAUGAUGAGUGCAAGAGGAGGUUCAAUGUCCGUCUUUGGAAGACGUUUACUGACUGCUUUAACUGCCUGCCUGUCGCUGCUCUUAUUGAUGAGAAGAUCCUUUGUAUGCAUGGGGGAUUGUCCCCUGACUUGAAAAACUUAGAUCAGAUCAGGAAUAUAGCUCGCCCUGUUGAUGUGCCAGAUCAUGGCCUUAUCUGUGACUUACUGUGGGCUGAUCCUGAUAAAGAUAUUGAAGGAUGGGGAGAGAAUGACAGGGGUGUGUCAUAUACAUUUGGAGCUGACAUGGUUGCUGAAUUCCUCCAGAAGCAUGACCUGGAUCUGAUCUGCCGAGCUCAUCAGGUAGUGGAAGAUGGGUAUGAGUUUUUUGCUAAGCGACAGCUGGUGACCAUAUUCUCAGCACCAAAUUACUGUGGCGAGUUUGAUAAUGCCGGUGCAAUGAUGAGUGUUGAUGAUACAUUGACAUGUUCUUUUCAGAUUCUUAAAUCUUCGGAGAAGAAAGGAAAAAUGGGUUUUGGCAACAUGUUGAGACCAGGUACACCGCCUCAUAAGGGAGGGAUGGGUUGAAUGCAUUGCUUCAUCACAUAUAAUAUGAUCAGAAGAGCAUGGCCAUUUGGGGUCAUUUUGUUUCUGUCUUAUGUCCGUGCUGCUAUCUGCUAAAUCCUUUUAUGCACCCUGCCAUGAAUCUUCAAUCGGAUACUUGAUGUUUGAAGUUUGCAAGCAUUGACACCGAAGGGGGUGGUGAAUUGGACACAAAGUUACUGCAAAGCCAUAACAGAAGAGUGGCGUUGCCUGUUUACCAUGCAACCUGGAACUUUUGUUGUAUUGGAUGAUAUUUGACUUCAUUAUGUUGAAUUGUAACUGUAAGUGCACUGUUAUUAUCUUAUGGCAAAACUUCCUUUUUCAUUGCUCACAAA